AUGAUUAAUUUUCAGGAGUGGGGGUUCCUCCGUACGCUGGUAGGGUGCUUCGUAACGGGUUACGGUGGAUACCUAGUUGGCGCUGUAUUCGUUCCUUGCCUUAAGCAGGUCGGUUCUUCAGGAAUACAAUUAGGGUUCCUUGGUGCAAUAGUGCCUUAUUGUGUGGAGCACUGGUAUGCCAUGGGAUCCCCGGAACUUAUUCUACUCAUCAGCGUGACGGUGUUUGUGGUCGAUUUUGCCGCUAUGGAUAAAACUGUCAGCGCUCACAUCCAUGUGGGCGGUUAUAUUUUCGGCCUCUUAUAUGGUUUCUCUACCAUCAAAUCAGUUGCCCUAUUCGACAGAGGCGUUGCUUAUCAGCGUUUUAUGAUAAAGCACUUCUCUAGAUGGCUCAGUGAUGCUGGGAAGGCACAGUACAUUCGCACCAUAGCUAUGUCGAGCCAAAGUGAAGCAGUUGCUAGAUUUCAAUACGAGUCGGCGGCAAAGGCCAACGAAAAACGUUGGGGUUGCAUCAAGCAUAUAUUAGGUAUUUAUCCAUUCGGUUCAUAUCGCAUGAGACGGCGUGACAUCAUUGCAAGGGUCGUAGCAUUCACCAUUAUGAUAGGCAUUUAUGACGCUGUUCCUGGUCAUGGGCUUAUACAAUGA